AUGGCCCACGCGGCGCCCCCGGACUUCAACUCCAUGAAGGUUGCGGACCUCCGCAGCCUCCUGGCGGACAGGGGCCUCCCGACAACGGGAAAAAAGACAGAGCUGGUUGAGCGGCUCCAGGCUGCUGCUGCUGCUGCUGCUGCUGCUGCUGCGUCUCCCAGCAGCAGCAUGGCGCAGGGGGGCCCCUCGGCGGGGCCCCCGUCAAUGGCAGCAGCAGCAGCACCAGCAGAUGCUGCUGCUGCUGCUGCUGCUGCUGCUGCAGAGGAGGAGGAGGCCUCAGCUGCUUCUACAAAGCUAGGCGGCAGCUCGGCUUCUGCUGUCUCCUCGCCAGCAGCAGCAGCAGCUGCUGCUGCUGCAGCACGAACUGCAGCAGUGUCUAUACGGCCCGACAUGACAGAGGAGGAAAAACUGGCGGCUCGUAAAGCCAAAUUCGGCAUAAAAAGCGACCAAGAGAAAAUGAUGGAGAGGGCUCGGCGGUUUGGCCUCAGCGACGCCUCACUGGAAGAGGAAAAGAAAAAGAAGAGAGCCGAGAGAUUCGGCUUGGCGGUGACCUCCCCGGCCGGCGCUUCAGCGGCUUCCGGAGUCGACGCAGACGAGGCGGAAAAGCGCCGCAAGCGGGCCGAGCGGUUUGGCCUCGUGGACGAGGUGGGCGGGACUUAG